UCCCUACUUAUUGUCUUUGUUGCAUGCAGGCUUCAGGAGAUCCUGGAGGUGGCUGAGGACAUGGCCAUAGACAUCCCUCACAUCUGGCUGUACCUGGCGGAGCUCAUCACCCCCAUGCUCCACGAAGGAGGCAUCCCCAUGGGAGAGCUGUUCAGGGAAGUGGCCAAACCUCUGAUUCCUCUGGAGAAAGCUGGAGUCUUACUGGUCCAGAUCCUCACUUUACUCUGCAAAGGAAUGAGCCAUAAAAAGGCUGGCGCGAUGUGGAGAGAAGCCGGUCUCAAAUGGAAAGACUAUCUACCUGAAGAUGAAGAUGUCAACAAGUUUGUGACAGAAAAGAAUGUAGAGUUCACUCUGGGAGAAGAGUCUGAGAAGAGUAAAAAGUGUGAGAUGAGUUCGUCUGAGCUGACACAGCAUCUGGAGCGACUGAUCCAGGACCAAGCCGACAACCAGAGGAUCUUUGACUGGAUUGAGGCCAACCUGGACGAGAAGCAGACCUCUUCUAACCUGUUCGUGAGAGCACUGAUGACCUGCAUCUGUCAAUCAGCCAUCAUCUGUGAGAACCCGUACAAAGUGAACGCAGACGUGAUCAAACAGAGGUCGAAGCUGCUGCUGAAGUUUCUGAAGGACGAGCAGAAGGAGCUCCAGGCCCUGUACGCGCUGCAGGCCCUCAUGGUGCAGAUGGAGCAGCCCGCAAAUCUGCUCCGCAUGUUCUUUGACACUUUGUACGACGAGGACGUGAUCAAAGAGGAGGCCUUUUACAAGUGGGAGUCCAGCAAAGACCCCUCAGAGCAGCUGGGGAAGGGCGUCGCGCUCAAGUCCGUCACCGCCUUCUUCACCUGGCUACGAGAGGCCGAGGACGAAUCGGACAACAGCUAAGUCCCGCCCCCCCAACCAGAGAGGACUGUGGGUAACGAUUCAGAGGAGGGUCUGAAUCGGCAAAAAUCCUUCUGCUUAAACAGAAAAAAGAGAGAAAAAAAUUCUUCAACUGGGAGAGAUUGUAUUAUGGAUCGCACGUUCGAUCAUGUUAUUUCCGUUUUUUUUUUUCUUUUACUUUGCAUUUUCUUGUCCUCUGUGCAACCAAAUGUCUUUUUUUGAGAUCUAAAAACAGGAUUUAUUAGAGCGUAGAUGCGAGAAUGCUGAAAAGCGUCACGCGCCGUCGGAGAAGAUGCCAUUUUUUUUUGUUUUGUUACAAUUCAAAAUGGCUCCUCUUCAUCGCGGCAACACUAUCAAGACACUUUGCUUAUGAGAGAUAUAGACUUGAAAAGCUGUUUCUUCUAUAUUUUUGAUGACUUCCUCCUUGUAUCAUGUGGACAGGACUCUUCUAUGGUCUAUGGUCUACACAACGCGCUGAUGUAGUUCCUGCUCCUGCUUUCUCUGGUGUUGGAUGAGUGGAGUGUGUGUUUUUUAAUAAAACAAAAAACUACAAAGAUAAGUGAAUGCGAAAUAGAGUUGUCGAACCACAUUUCGGACUCGUAACGGUUGUGGUCUCCUGAGGAUUUCACUAAAGACUUCAUUUGGGGCGAUGUUGAACUUUCAUGACCAUUUUGCUGCUGGAGGGCGCCCCCUCCCUGUCGCCUCAUGUACUACACUCAAACCAUCCCACACUGCAUCCCGUUUACCCCCCUGUGCUCAAAAACUGAUCCUGUAUGGACCUGGACAGCUGCCCUACCUGCAAAACCUGAUGGUGGAUUGUUUUUAAAAAGAUGUGACCUAUAAAAUAUAUAAUUAUCAAAAAAGAGAAACUACAGUACGAAUCCUAAGGCCUUUUCUGCUUCCAAUGAGUGGAGAUGCAUUCAAGGAGCGUCUGUAAAUAUGCGAUUGUUUUUUUCAAAUGCUCAUGUUAUGUGCCCCUCGAAAUGCUUUGUAUUUAUGUCCUCUCUGCGCAGAAGGUGCUUCUAACCCAACCCAAGUCAUUGAUUACACAGUUUAAAAGAAAAUGACAAAUCUGUAAAUACUUUUUUGCUUUACUUUAUUAAAAAAGAUAUUUAAUUAAAGAAAUUAAUGCCUCUUUUCACAUCCGAAACUGGAAGAGAUAAAUAAAUAAACAUUGUUGCAAAUAAAUAAA